AUGAAAUCGUCGUUCAAGUUCUCGAACCUGUGCGGCACUGUCUACCAAGGCGGUAACGUCGUCUUCUCGGCAGAUGGCGACUCGAUCUACUCGCCGGUAGGCAACCGCCUCUCCAUAUUCAACCUCGUCCGCAACACUUCCACGACAUUGCCUUUUGAAACAAGAAAGCCAAUCGCAAGGAUCGCUCUUUCACCCGCCAACCAGGCUAUCGUCCUUGUAGCCGACGAAGAUGGUCGAGCGCUGCUCAUCAACACACUCAGAAGGUCCUUGUUGGCCCAGAUGAACUUCAAGCAGCCUCUUCGCGAUGCUCAGUUUUCGAACGAUGGCAAGUUCUUGGCAGUCACAUACGGCAACCAGAUCAAGGUUUGGAGGACACCUUCGCAUCUUGCACGCGAGUUUGCGCCUUUUGUCCUGCACCGCACCUACACAGGUCACUUCGACAAUGUGCUCAGCAUUCGAUGGACCAAGAACAGCAGGUUCUUCAUCACUACCUCUAAGGACAUGACUGCUCGUCUCUACUCGCUCGAUCCGGUCGAAGGCUUCCGACCGAAGACAUUCACUGGUCACCGCGAUGCAGUGGUUGGCGCCUACCUCUCCAAGGACGAAACGACCAUCUACACUGUUUCUCGCGAUGGCGCCUGCUUCGCAUGGCAGGGCAAGCAGAGCGAUGACGAGAACGUGGAGGGCUACAUGCGCGAAGACGACGAGGACAUGUUCCAAGCAUCCGAAGGCGUCAAGGGUGGCAGCCCGUCAAAGCAGGCCGACAACGCCGUCGGUCUCACUCGAUGGGGCAUCGCCAGCAAACACUACUUCAUGCAGACGGGGGCCAAGACUGUCUGUGCCAGCUUCCACCAGCAAGGCUCGCUUUUGGUCGUCGGCUUCUCCAACGGCAUUUUUGGCCUGUGGGAGAUGCCCGACUUUAACCCUAUCCAUUCACUCAGCAUCAGCCAAGAGAAGAUCACCAGCGUCGCAAUCAACGCUAGUGGCGAAUGGCUUGCGUUCGGCGCUCAUCGAUUGGGCCAGCUGCUCGUCUGGGAGUGGGCCAGUGAAUCGUACAUCCUCAAGCAGCAGGGUCACUACUACGACAUGAACACUGUCGGCUUUGCUUCCGACGGUGCGGUCGCUGCGACUGGUGGUGACGACGGCAAGAUCAAGCUGUGGAACACUGCCAGUGGCUUCUGCACUGCGACAUUUUCGGAACAUUCGGCUUCGGUCUCGUGCAUCGAGUUUGCCAAGCAAGGCCAAGUGCUCUUCAGUGCAAGUUUGGACGGCACAGUGCGAGCAUACGACUUGGUGCGCUACCGCAACUUCCGAACAUUGACCAGUCCAGAGCCUGUUCAGUUCAUCAGUCUUGCGGUGGACCCCUCUGGUGAAGUGGUCUGCGCGGGCAGUGCUGACACUUUCGAGAUCUACAUGUGGAGUGUUCAGACGGGCAAGCUGCUCGACAUCCUAUCCGGCCAUGAAGGACCUGUCUCUGGGCUUUCAUUCAGUCCAGACGGCAGUGGUGUUGUGGCAAGUGUCAGUUGGGACAAGACGGUUCGUACAUGGGAAGUCUUCAGGACCACACAGAGCGUCGAGACGUUCACGCUAAAUGCCGAUGGUUUGGCAGUUGCAUUCCGCCCUGAUGGUCGAGAGAUCUGCGCAUCGACCCUCGACGGCUACCUUGCUUUCUUCGACCCUCACGAGGGCAAGCAGCUUGGUGUCGUAGAGUGUCGUCGUGACAUUGCUGGUGGACGUAAGGUCAACGACAAGAUUGCACGUCGCAAUAAUGCCAGUGGAGCUUGCUUUACAACUGUCACUUACAGUGCUGAUGGUGCAUGCAUCUUGGCUGGAGGUAAUGCCAACUAUGUCUGUCUGUAUGACGUCAAGGAGCGUGUGUUGCUCAAACGUUGGGAGCUCACCAAGAAUCUGGCACUGGACGGGACACAGGACAAGCUUGACAGUCGAAGAGUCACAGCAGCUGGCGCGGUCGAUCUCAUCGAUGACCGCGAAGACGAAGCGGACUUGCUCCCUACAGAAAGGGUCGAUCAGUCGUUGCCCGGAGCUCAGCGUGGUGAUGCAACCAAGCGCACCACUCGAGCGAUCUCUCGUGCCAAGUGCGUUCGUUUCGCGCCCACUGGUCGAUCUUGGGCAGCGGCCUCCACCUCGGGUCUUCUCAUCUACAGCCUUGACGAACAAGCAGCUUUCGACCCACUCGACCUGGACAUGGACCUCACACCGCGAGCCGUCCGCGAAGCUUCCGAACGUGGCGAGCAUCUCCUCGCUGUAGUCGGGGCAUGCCGUCUUGGCGAAAAGCCACUCAUGGCUGAAGUAUACGAACGUGUCUCAGCAGCCGACAUCAUGCUCGUUUCUCAGCAGCUUCCUCUGGUUCAUUUACCAACGGUCCUGCGUCUGGUCGCAGACCGUUUGCAACCUAGCAGUGGAAGUCCUCAUGUCGAGUUCCACUUGCGUUGGAUUGCAGCCAUUUUUUCGGUGCGCGGUGCAGAGAUCAAAGCGAAGGCUGCAACCGAAUAUGCACCCGUGUUGAGGGCGGUGCAGAUUGCAUUGAACGAGUUAAGGGCGAAUGUGAAGAGGAUCAGCGAUGAGAACCUGUACUCGUUGAUGUAUGUUUGGAAUGGGAUUGGGAAGGCUGGGGAGCACAAGAACGAGAGGAAGGAGAAUGGUGCGGCUAGCUUGGGAGAGUUGAUGGAGGUUGAGGCUCUCUAA